AUGCACCUGUCUGGCUGGAUUCGCAGGCGAUCAGUGCACUAUAAGUUAGUUGAUAAUCUGAUAUUUUUAUAUCUUUGUUGCGUAAGUCCGAUCUUAGUAAUACAUAACUUGAUUUCUCAAUAUGCUUCUUUUCAUUUAUGCUCUAAAGACAUUAACGAAUGCUUAUCCUCUCCAUGUCUAAAUAAUGCUACGUGUGCUGAUGUAAUUAAUGGUUAUUACUGCCAGUGUAUUGCUGGUUAUACUGGAGCAUAUUGUAGCCAAGAUAUUGAUGAAUGUUUAUCGUUGCCAUGUCAAAGCGAUGGAGAAUGUAUCAAUCAAAUUAACAAAUAUGUCUGUAACUGCAUUUCUGGGUUUACUGGAACUGAUUGUCAAACCAAUAUCAAUGAAUGCAGCAGUAGUCCUUGUCAAAAUGGUGGAAGAUGUCAAGAUUUAAUUGACGGCUAUAACUGUACUUGCAUACCUGGUUAUGAAGGAGAUGAAUGUCAAACUAAUAUCGAUGAUUGCGAAAGUGGUCCAUGCUUAAACGAUGGCACAUGCAACGAUUUAAUCGAUCAAUAUGACUGCUUAUGCUUACCUGGCUAUACUGGAUUUGAUUGUGAAAUAGAAAUUAUUGAAUGCUCGUCAAAUCCAUGUCAAUAUAACGGAACUUGCAUCGAUUUAAUUAACCGUUAUAACUGUACCUGUGCCGCUGGCUAUACAAAUGACAAUUGUGAAAGUAAUAUCAAUGAAUGCGUAAGUAAUCCAUGCAUCCAAGGAUCAUGCAAUGAUUUGGUCAAUGGAUACAAUUGUAGCUGUUCGGUCGGUUAUACUGGUACCCACUGUAAUAUCAAUAUUAAUGAAUGUUCAUCGUCUCCCUGUACAAAUGGCGGACAAUGCAUUGACGGUAUUAACAGUUACUCAUGUAAUUGUACAUCAUCUGGUUUUAGUGGAACUCACUGUGAAACGAAUAUUGACGAAUGUAUUUCCAAUCCGUGCAGUAACAAUGCAAGUUGCAGUGAUUCUAUAAAUGGAUAUGCUUGUAUUUGUGCGCUAGGUUAUAAUGGAACAAACUGUGAAAGCGAAAUUAAUGAAUGCAAUAGUAAUCCUUGCCAAAACUUAGCUACUUGCCACAAUCUUAUCAAUGGUUAUAACUGUACUUGUUUAUCUGGAUAUCGAGGAACAGAUUGCAAAAUUGAUUACAAUGAAUGUCAAUCUAAGCCGUGUUUAAAUGGUGGCCGAUGCAAUGACUAUAUAAAUAAAUAUAAUUGUUCUUGCUUAUCUGGCUAUACAGGACACCAAUGUGAAACAUGUAUCAAUGAAUGUAGUAGCUUUCCAUGUAUAAACGGCGGCAUGUGUAACGAUAUGGUCGAUAUGUAUAAUUGUACAUGCCAACCUGGUUAUACUGGAACACAUUGUGAAGUAAAUAUUGAUGAAUGUGCUUCCUACCCAUGCCAAAAUUCAGGAACAUGCAUCGAUUUAAUCGAUCAUUACAAUUGCAACUGUUUACCUGGCUAUACUAACAAUCGCUGUGAUAUCAUAGUUGAUAGAUGUUCAUCAUCGCCUUGUGUAAAUAGUGGUCAAUGUAUCCGUGGUGUUGAUAUUUAUACCUGCAAUUGUUCAUCGACUGGUUUCACUGGAAUCCAUUGCGAAACGAGUAAGAUCUAUAGAUUUUGUACACUAAUUGUUUGA